UUGACUGUUAAUAAAGCUGUCAACAAACGCAUUUGAUACUCCAAUAACCUAAAUAUUAUAACCGAAAUAAUUUAUUCAAUACAUGAGACGCAGAUGGUAGUGGGUUCUACUAAAUCCACAUUCUAUAUGCUCAAUCAGUCGCUUUUUAUACUUUGUAACAGACAUCUCGACAGUCAAUAUGAAUUGGAAAAGUAUUUUUGUAGUGCUCACGCCAUUAUUGGUCGAACGCUCGCAGGCUUUGAUUUAUCCAAACAUGUCCACUUCUUUAGGUCUUGUCCACUCGGUUUCAUAUCCCGUUGUGGAGUACCUUCCUGAGCGUAGUAUACUCAUGGAUUGGUGCUUUCAAAUGUCUUACAAUUUGCCCGGUUCGGUUUCGGCUUUCUACAACAUACCCAUUUGGCCGGGAAUACAGAAUCCAAAACCGCGUAAUAAACGUAGUAUUGACCGCGAUACUGAUAGUCUGGAGGUGCAGCAACAUUUGCAGUGGUUGGAUAAAUAUGAUCGCAAAAUAAAUGUAAAUCAGCAUCCGAUGGAUUUAACGGCUGGGGAGCUAUAUCAAGGAAUUGAGGAUUACUUUUCCAGCUUUGGCGUACAUGAAACUUGCCUCUUACGUAGCGUUUGCGAGUUAGCUCAACAUCCAUUUGAUGAUGACCAUCAUACAAUUCUCACGGAACUCUUAACAUUUAUAUUGACGCCCUCCCUGCAUCAAGGUUUCGCCAAACACGAAAAAAUUUACAGGGAAACAUACGAAGCUGCCGAACUUCAUGGAUUUUUGGGUGAAAAUUGUACUGCUCUCUAUGCCGAUUGUGAAAGAGAUAUUUUAAGUGUUGUAACUAAAAUUAUAUUAAUA